UGGGCGACCAGCGAUGGCGUCGUGCAAUAGAGGAGCCGGAGGGAUGUCGGGGUGUGAGGGUGGUUGGUGGUUGGGCGACUAGUCGGAGCAGAGGGCAGGAUGACGGAAAGUAAAGCAAUGCUGGGAUGGGGUGUCUGGUGGUCGCGCCGUGGCAAAGGCUGCUGCUGCUUGUUGCGACGACGGAACGGGGGGGGAGCUUAUCUCGACCUAAGGAUUUAGGUGCUUUGUACUUAAGUGGCAGUACCUGUGUAAGCAAGCGAGCAAGCAAAUGCUAUACGGUAUAUAAAGCUGGAAUAUGCCUAUACCUAGGUAAGUAUGGAGGUAGGUCGGUAUGGAUGCUGUGGUGGGAUUGGGACAAGGCGGGGAUCAGCGAUUGGGCGCACAAAAAGCCUGGAUGUGCUGCGUGUGUCUUUCGGUCUUGGUGGGCUGCUGUUGUGCGGCUGGACAGAUACAGAUACAGAUACUGGAUAUUGGAUAUGAAUUGGGACUUGUUGGGAAUUGUCUGUGUGCGACUCGCGGUUGUGGAUGAUGAAAGCGGCUUGUUUCUGAUCGAGUAUGGUCCGAUAGCAGAGCUUUUCCCGGCCGCCAUGUUCGAGGCUCAUCGCCGAGCUUCGAUGAGGAGAAAAUUGGGGCACAUGGGGGGGGCAGGGGGCUGGCUGGGAUCUAGCUCUGCCAGAUUCUGCUUAGAGGUGGGAGGCUGGUGACCUAGACAUGUACUUCUCGAUACCUACUAAGUUCAGUCCUCAGUAGGUAAGUGCUGUGCUGUAGCUCCAAUAGUCACCCUACAGAAAUACCCACAUCUCACACCCCUCUAUGUAUUUGUAUGUACCGGUAUUUGUGUGCCAAUAAGAAUACUGUAGAUACCUACCUAGGUAAGUAACUUAAUACCAUUUGACACAGAGCCUCGUUCACGAGUUUGAUGCCACGUCAACGUCGAUAUGUCCAAGGCCACAUACACACCCA